CCGCCGCAGACUACGUCCACCGCGCCGGCCGCGUCGGGCGUAUCGGGCAGCGCGAGCGGGGCGCGGUGCUCUCGCUGCUGCUGCCGGCCGAGGUGCCGCAGCUGCUGCAGCUGGGGGACGAGCUUCACUUCUCGCCCACGCCGACCGCGGCGCCCGAGCCGCCCCCCCUCGCCCAGCUCGCUGCAGAGGGGGAGGGCGGCGGUGCGUCGUUCAUCGCACCGUCGGGCGACGAGGAGAGCAUCGCGGCGGAGGAGGUCGCAAAGGCGCUCGAGGACAUCUACAGCCUCUACGAGGGCGAGGGCGAUGACGACGGGAUGGCGCCGCCCCCCGGCCUGCCGUAGGAGGAGCCUGCCGUAGGAGGAGAUGUCCCUCUCUCGCGGCUGCCGUGCGGGGGACGGGGCGAGAGGAGAACGCAGAACACAUGGCCUAACUCUUACGGUGUGCAUGCGUGAGACAGGGGCGGCCUUUUCUUGGAGUGCCGUCGCCGUCGGCCGAUGGCGCCAUAGGGUGGUCGCGCCUGUAGGGUCCGCACUGUUGCCAGGUGCGCACGCGAAGUGUGUGUGUGUGUGAUGUGUGUGUACGAACGCUAACGGGGGCCGCAGCACGUCCACGUGCCGGUGGGCGAUCACCCCCAUCCGCCCAUGUUAAAUGUAUGUCUCUUCACCGUGAGUGCACAACACCGACGCGUAACAUGUAUGCACAUGCACAAAGGGAAUCAUGCCCUAGUAGUAACUAUCACUGUUGUCUGUCUUGGCGGAGCGCACAUUUGCGCACUCUCUUCCUCGGGGAUCUGCGCACCCGAUUCCGGGCGCAUCCGGCAAAAAGCACGCGGCGCGCGAGACGCUCACAAGGGUCCCGGCGCUGCGAUGACGCCCUGGAAGGGCAAGCCGCCCGGCGGCAUCGCCGUGAGCCACGACCCGCCGACCUUGGGCCCCGAGGCCGCCUCUGCCGGCGGCAAGCCGAGCAGGGGCGGCGGCAGCCCGCCGCUCAUGAUUCCGUCGAUUUCGGGCGUGGAGAGGAGGCUCGCGAGCUGCAUCGGCGACAAAGUGGGCGAGGUCGCGGGCGAUAGCGAGGGCGCGACGAGCCCACUUUGCGACCGGGAGGGAGGGCCGCCGAGGGCGCAGGCAAAGCCUUCGAGCAUCGUUUUCGGCGUCGCGGCGACUUGAGGCGUGGCCGAAUUUUUUGCGGCCUUUUGCAUCUUCCGCACGGGCUUCUUUGCGAUACCGAGGCGCACGGGCGCCGGUCGAGACUGCCGAAGCGCCGCUUCCCGAGCCUGCUGAAGCGCCACGUCCCGCGACUGCUUGAGAACGCUGUCGCCGAGCUUCAUGCCCAUGGCCCAUCCCAAGGCGGCGAUACUACAUGAAGGUAGCCGCGCGACAUGCUCCACUUCGAGACGCAGCCGUGCCAUCCGAUCCGC